AUGACUCCCUUCCAAGCGGUUUAUGGUCAUUUACCGCCUUCCAUACUGUCUUAUACGCGAGGUACCACUACCAUUCAAGUUGUAGAAGAAGAUCUUCUAUCUCGAGAUGCUAUACUGCACAAAAUGAAGGAAAAUCUUAUACAAGCCCGAAAUAGAAUGCAACAACAGGCUAAUAAGAAGCGGCAUGACAUCCAGUUUCAGAUCGGGGAUUUAGUGUUAGUAAAGUUGCAACCAUACCGGCAAUUGACAGUGGCACACCGUCUUAAUAUAAAACUAUGCAGGAGGUUCUUUGGCCCUUUUGAAAUCCUUGCUCGGGUGGGACCAGUAGCGUAUACGCUUAAACUACCUCAAGAGACCCGAAUUCAUCCAACAUCCCACGUUUCGUUGCUGAAACCAUAUCAUGGUACUCUGCCACCUAGUUGCUACCAACUUCCGGAAAUGUACGAAUUGCCUAACCUUGAGGACAAGGUUAAUUUCAUGGAAGGGAGAAGUGUUAGCGAGGCCCAGACCAUAAGUCCAAUUGAGUUAGAUCCACGGCUGGCCCAAGAGAUCAUAAGGAAGUGGUUGGACCACUCGGCCCAAGAAGCUAAAAACGUAGUGGCUCGGGAAGAAAGCAGUUGCAGCAAGGAAGAAGAGGAGGGAAGCAGUUCCGCAGGGAAUAAGUCUACCGCGCGUAACAACAGAACUCUUCUUGUAAUGGCAUUUUUUAUCGGGAAUGAAAAGCUGAAUUGGCUGUGGGAGUUUGGCAUUGACUCAAAGAAUGCAGUUCAUACAACAUCAGGUGUGUAA